AUGAGCAAAUCACUACCGUUGGAUCAUAACAGGGGGAGGCCCACAGCUGAUACUACUGUAAUGAACGGUUGUGAUCCAAUUAUUGGCAGGCCAAAGAAAUACAGGAUGAUCAGGAUGCGUGAUAGCCGAAUACGAAUUGUUGAAGGUGGGGAUGACAAAGACGAUAAAGCUGAUGCCUAA